AUGGCGGACGAGGAGCAACCCCAGAGCCCCGUGCUCGAGAAUCAGGAAGACGUGGCAGGGUCCGAAGGUUCCGAGCAGCUGGAGACCCAUCCAGAAGAGCCUGAACAUGAAGAGCACGAGGCUCACGAGGCUGGUAGCGUAACAGAAGCGGAAAGUACGACUGACGAGAAGCCUGCCGACGAAGGUGCGGCAGACGGACACGUUGAAGAGGGCGUGGUGCAUGAAGCCGAUACUACUACGAUGCCCCCGGCCAUUGAGGAUGCAACACCCGUAUCUUCUGCUGCUGAGGAGGCUGCGCCCCCACUCACGGAAGACAUGGCCAAGGAGAACUUGAAGACUCCCCCGUCGCCGACCAAGAAGCUCACGGCCAAGCCCUCUAUCAAUGUCAAGCCCAGCAGGCCUGCGUCCGGCGCACCAGGAACGCCAUUGGUCAAGAAGAUCAUCAACUCUGGCACGUUUGGGUCUGGCGCGGUCAAGCACGCCCCGACUGCGGUCUCGAAGGCCACUGGCACUCCCUUAAGUCCCACGAAGCCUACCUCCGCUGCAUCGUCAAUCAGGAAACCCACCAGCGGCGCAUCCGCCGCCGCCAAACAGACCAUGCCGCCUAGGACGAGUACCACUGGUGCCGCAGCUCCCAGUACCGCUGCCGCGCGGCGUCAGUCCGUCACGCCCAAGGCACCGACGUCCACUACGGCCAAAUCACCUACGCCCAGUGUCACCAAGCCGGCUCCCAGGGCAUCAUUGGCAUCGUCCACUAAGCCUGCGGCGUCCGCAUCAGCACCCCGCCCAAGAGCUUCCGUGAGCGGUGAGGUGAAGAGAACGACGACGGCUUCUCGAACCAGCGCUGCUGCUUCUUCCGCACGACCGCCGAGUACAUCGUCUACCAGGCCUACUAGGACACCUGGCUCCGGUUCCAUCUCUUCUAUCAAGGAGGUUGUCAAGGAUGAUGGGAAGAGCAAGGCUGUUGAGGAGUUGCAGGAGAAGCUCAAUGACGCAAACGCGUCGCUGGUAUCCAAGACCGAAGCUGUCACUGCGCUCGAGGAUCAGGUCAGCGGCCUGAAGUCGUCGCUGGACUCUGCGUUGGCGGAUGUCGAGUCGAAGCAGUCCACGCUCCAGGCGCUCGAGGAAGCGAAGAGCGAGACCGAGAAGGAGUUGGCUGCUGCGCGUGAGAGUCUGGCUGCGGCUCAGAGCUCGGAGUCUGGGACCGAACCCGGCCUAGAGACGAUCCGAACGGAGCUCGAGGAAGCCAAGUCAAACUCUGCUUCUUUGAAGGAGCUCGUAGCCAGCCUGCAGUCGCGGAUCGAGGAGCUCGAGACUGAGGUCAAAGCCGCUCAGGAGAACCUUGAAGUCCUUCGCUCGUCUUCCGGAGAUGCAUCUGCAGCGGCUACCGCUGCAGCCGAGGUCGAACACGCCGCUCUCCUCAAGGCGAAAGCCGACUUGGACGCGAUCCAGGCUGAGGUUGAGAGCCUCAAAGCUGCUCGCGACCAGGCUACUGCUGACGCGGAGGCGAAGAUCACCGCCCUCCAGGAGCAGGCUUCCCGUCUCGAGCCUCUCGAGGCACAGGUCGCUGAGCUCAAGACGGAGAGCGAGGAGAAGUCUAACAAGAUCUCCGAGCUCGAGAUCGAGAUUUUGGAGCUGAAGGAGGAGCAGGAGAAAUCAGAGGACGAACGCUCCCAGACCUCCGAGCGCAUCAAGGCGCUGGAAGACGACCUGAAGAAGGCCGAGGAGGCUGGUCGUCUGGCUGUCGAGCAGGCCAACGCGAAGGCCUCUGACGAUCUUGCCCAGGCGAACGAGGAGAACGCGAAGUUGCAGGCGGAGAUCGGCGAGCUUCGAGAGCAGAUCGACAAGCUCACCAGUCGUUGCAGCGAACUUGAGGGUCAGCUCGCCGAGGCUGUUGCCGCUCAGGAGGCUACGAAGGCUGAGUUGGCAAGCCAGAGCGAGGCGCACAAGGUCGAGGUCGAGAGCCUUCAGGAGUCGUUCCAGGAGAAGGAGAACAAACUCCAGGAGGAGCUGAAGGCCGUGUCUACCGAGCUCGAGAGCCAGGAGUCCAAGUACAAUGCCAAGGUCGACGACGUAAAGGCAGAGCAUGCGAAGCUCUUGGAGGAGGCGUUCGAGCGUGCCAAGAAUGAGGCGGGCUCUGCUCACAGCCAAGACCUGCAAGCCCUCCGUGCCGAAUCUCAGGCUACGAUCGAGCAGCUCCGCGCUGCUCACCAGACGACUAUUGAAGGCCUCAAAGCGGAGCAUCAGACUGCGUUGGAGAGUCAAGUGAAGUCGCUCGAGAAGGAGAUUAGCAAGCAGGCUCUCGACUUGAAAGCCACGCAGGAAGAUCUUGCGAAGGCGAAGGGCACCGUCGCAUCUGCCAGUGCCGAGUUGGAGUCUCUGAAGAUCCAGCUCGACGAGGCGCGCGCGGUCGCUGCAGCUGUCGACAAGACCGACAAAGACGAGGUGAUCUUUCGCUUGCAGAAGGAGCUCUCAAAUGCUCGGGAUGACCACGCGUCCCUCAGAGACAUGUUCGUGGCUACCAAAGAGUCGCUUACAGAGGUCUCCAGGAAUCACAUUAAGGAGCUGGAGGAGGCUGCGAAGGGCCGUGCGGAGGAGGCUACCAAGCUUCGCGCUGCGCACCAGGAGGAGAUCUUGGCUGUGACAAGCGAGAAGUCCGAGCUCCAGACGAAGCUAUCUGAUCUCGAGGGUGAGCUGGCGACCAUCAAGGCGACGUUGGCUACCGAGACGGUAUCCUCUCCGAAGAGCAACGGAUCGGCGCACGCGCGUACUUCGAGCGUGUCCCGAGACGAGCUGCAGCGCCUCCACGAGGCUCACAAUCUCAAGAUCCAUGAUAUCCAGGCGGAGCAGGAGCGACAGAUUAGGGCUUUGAGGGAGCAGUACGACAUCGCUCUUGCCAAGGCCGAGGAGCUGCAACAGGAAGUCGCGCGCAAGACCAUGGAGAUCCAAUAUCUCGAGACCGACCAGGAGGAUAGCCAGGACCAGAUUACACGGUAUGUAAAGAUUUUCGGACUGAAGAGUUUCCUUGGGGCUAUUUGCACGCUGGCCGUCGUAUACGGACUGUUUUGA